GUUUAUGGAUUAGGGAAUCAUCUGGUAACAUAAAUAAUAUUUUAAGAGUCGUGUCCAAAGUAAAAAACAAUACGUACACUAAAUGUCUAAACACCUCGUAAAUAUCCUAAUUGAUGACCUGUUUCGUUUUGCUUUUCAUUUGAUCAAGUGUCAUAAUGCAGAGAAAGUAAUUACUACAAACAAACCUCGGCGUAUGAAAUGACUAACCAUUUUCUUCAAGACGUUUGCUUAAUCGUAUUAUUAGAUGAGUGAACUGUAAUCAGUAUUCGUGUGUGAGAGGGCUUUGUAUUGCGAUUGAUCGAAAAAGGAAUUUCUAAUUAACUCAAAUUUUGAAAAUUUUGUGCCUUGUUAAUUUUCUGGAAUAACAAGGAAUGCUUUUGUCAGCACGGUUUGUGAGUCAGAAAUUGUUUGUUGGUCCACGGUUGCGUUGGGUAACAUGUAAGCUAAAAAAUCUUAAGCAAAUGUUCCAGAUCUUAAAUCGUUGUUGUUAGCACACACAAACUCUUAAUAACUUUGAUCUAUUUGCUUCCUCCUCCGUAAAAAUAAACUGAAGCAUAUUUUCAACUCUCCUUUCCUUGUCUUUCAAUUCAUCUCUAACUAUAUUUUCUCCAGAAAAUUACAUUUCGUCAACCUCCGCGUUGAAGCGUUUUGUUUUAGUAAGUAACAAAAUCCUUACGGUCAACAUUGGGCAAAAACUUAUAAAGUUUGCGACAAACAAAACGAAAUUUUAUACAAAGAUUGCAAGGCUGGCUGGCCAGUUCUCUACAAUCAUUACAAUUUUAAAUUCGCUGGGCGAAUGAAAUAUUCUUGUUCCUAAAGUUACAUGUUCGAGUCGCACUAUAGUUAUUGAAAAAACCUUAGAAAAACAAAUAUUGAAGAGAUUUGUGUGCGCUUUGUAAACACUUGUGCGUAAAAGAUCUCAUUGCAUCUGUCUUCCUUUACUACAAGAAGAAACAAAAUCGAAAAGAAAUGUCGAAAACGUUGGUGUUAUUUAUAACCACUUUGCUUUGUCUAUUUUGUUAUGCAUGGUCAAACGAUAUCUUAGACAAGAACCAAAAUAAUGACUUUUAUGCAAAAAACUACAAAUGUCCAGAAGGAUGGCAACAACGUUGUGAAAAAUGCUACCUGGUCGUAAAAGAGGAAAAAACAUGGACAGAUGCAAGAUACCAUUGCAAACAAAGAGGUGGCGAUCUUGUCACUAUCAAGGAUUUUGCCACAAAUAUGUUUUUGACGAGAUACGUAACAUCUGUGAGUGAUUCAACAAGAACAAUAUGGAUUGGUUUAAAUGAUAGAGUGAAUGAAGGGGAGUUCCAAUGGGCAGAUGGUUCAGAAGCAGUUAAACAAGAGUUUCGUUGGUACCCAGAUGAGCCUAAAGAUUCAACUCCUGGAGAGGAUUGUGUGGAAAUGUAUGUACGGUCUCAUCAAUAUCUUUGGAAUGAUGCACCUUGUGGUGACAAUCUUCAUUUUGUGUGUCAGAUUGACGGAUGUGUAAAUGGAACUCAGCGUUGUGAUAAUGGUAAAUGCGUUUCCAAACAAAAAAUAUGCGAUGGUGUUAACGACUGUGGUGAUAACUCUGAUGAGAAAAAUUGUUGUAAGUUUUAUUUGAAAUUUUUGUGUUAAUGUUUUAUUGAUGUAAAAUUUGUUUUGUAUUUGUAUUUUUUUUUCUACCUUUCUCUUAUUAAGUACAUAAAUGUCACUGUAC